AUGAUUUUUUAUAACCUCUUGUCUUUCGCACUGUUUGUGACCUCGUCUCUGAGUCGAGCCACCGAUAAAGAAAUACAUCUUCAGUGGUCACUAUGUGAUCGUGAUGGAGAGGCCGUCCUCGAGAAACUAGGGGAAGAAGUUCGUCCACCCUACAAACGCAAUCCGAUCACCUAUUUCGACACCAUGCCCCCGACUCAUGCGCAACAAGGCGUCAUGUUCCGCACCAAGACGAACAAAGGCAACCCGUUUUCUAUCAUCAAGGUCCGCUUCGAUGAGAAACCAGAGUGCAUUCCUCCCGGCGCCCAUUGCGUCUAUGAUCGAUACGGAGACAACGUUCCAUUCACUUGCGGUCAACGGUACCUCCUGGGUGACAAGACCAAAGAGAUCUGGAGCGAUGACCAAGUUCGCUUUGCAGAAAAGUACGACGACAUUGACUGGGAUGGCCUUGUACCCUACGGGCCUUUCCCAGAUGGCAAGUGGAAGUUGAAGAUAUUGGGGUACAAAGCGAAGCUGGAUGAUGUAGUGGCUGGAGAGCUUCACCUUAUGGAGAUUGAACUGUCUACCCCGAAAGCUGGAUCUGAGAAGGUGUAUCAGGAUGUCACUGAGUAUCUGAGAGAACACGAUGUAUUGCUCUGCGAUCCCCAGGCGUCGAAGACACUGCGCCUGUUUCACGAUAUGGGAUACAUUAAUGAUGGAGACACUUGGAUUGAGGAGCUUUAG